AUGGAAACCCUCAAUUCCCACCACGAACCACCUAAUUUAGAUAUCCAACACACCGAUGAAGAGACAUCAUUAGAAUGCACACACAAUCACAAAAGACAGAGACCUAUGUCAAACGAUCAAAUGAUCGUUCAAUCUUCCAAUGUUGUCAACGGGUCGACUAUUCAAAACCUUCAAGGAGUAUCAGCCAUCAAUGCUGCCAUCAAUGCUGCCAUCAAUGAUGCCAUCAAUGAUGCCAUCAAUGCUGCCCUUUCCCCCCUCAAGAACAAUAUCCUUUCGAUCGUUCACAACGAAAGGGCCAGAGCAAACAAUGCUCGCGCCUUAUUGGGAGGUAGUCCACUUACACCAAUCCACAAUAUAGACAAUAUUGAUCCAUCAUAUUUUCCAGCCACCCGACAUGAUAUGUGGACCUCUCUCUUGCUCAAGUUAGUAGCAUUCUCGAUCACUACGGUUUAA